AUGGGAACUUCACUUCUUGUUCAAUCCAACGAUUCAUCUUCCAUCAUCAGAAACCCUAACUCUAACCAGAGUUCCCGGAGAAAUCGGUUACCGACCACCGUGAACCCUAGCUCGCAGGACGGUGAUCGAAACUGCACCGUGAAACACCCUGGAUUGAAUCUUGUGAUGGGUCAGGUGAAGAUUCUCAAGAGAGGAGAGAAGCUGAGUCCUGACAAUGUGAUGAAGAGUGAGGGAUGUUGUGAUUUGAUGUUAGGAUCAACCGAUCGGUUUGGUCCAGAUCCUCAGACGGUGAAGAAGGAGGUUAGGGUUCAUGAUUUAACGGGGGGACUCUAUGCAGGACCGACUGUUUCAUCGCCUCCGCCGAGUUCGGUACCGGUUCCGGGGUUUCUUGGAAUGAAAAAAUGCUCUAAAAUGGCCAUUGAAUGCAAUGGAACAAAGAAUGUUAUGGAAGAAAGUUGA